CGAGCGGGAGUCCCCGCGUCGGGCCCCGGGGGGCUGCCCCCGCCACACGCGCGUUGUUGGGCCACCGAGACCGACUUUGUAACGUCGCCAGUGGUCAGAUACGGGAAGCACGCGAGCAUGGAGGUAGGGGAGGACAUCACGGAGGAACCAUCGUCCGGCGACGCUGUCGUUCCUCCGUCGGAGCCACGGCCGUCGGUGUCCGCCAAGAAGACGUCCAUCAUGGAGUCCGACGGCUGCGCCAAGCUGUACGCGGCGCUGGCGCUUUCCGGCCUUUUCUUCGUGGCCGAGAUCAUCGCGUCGCACGUGACGCACUCCCUCGUGCUGCUCAUCUACUCGUACCAGAUGCUGUACAACGUGCUCGCGCUCGUGCUCCUCGUCAUCAGCUACCACAUAUGCCAAGAGCGGACGCUGAAGAACACGUUCGGCUGGGCGCGCGUCGAGGUGCUCGGAACCCUGGUGAACAUGCUGUUCUUGAUGGCCCUGUGCUUCGCCAUCUCGGUGGCGGCCGUGCAGACCAUCGUGCACGCGUCACACGAGAACACCGAGCCGCACUACCCGAUGCUGCUGCUCUGCUUCGGCAUCAUCGGGCUCUCCGUCGACAUCGUCUGCUACCUCGUCAUCGGAGGGUCGAAAAGCCGGCGCGGUUGCAACCUGGGCAUCGUGAGCGGUACCGACGUCCAGUUCAACUUCGUGGUCGGCGGAGACUCGAGUUCCGGGGACGAGUCUCCGCUGCCCUGCCAAGUGCACCCCGACGACGUCACUCCCAAGCAGCUGGAGGCGCUGUUGCCGCAGCAGGCCGCCACCAUCGCCCACCCGGUGUCAGGAGGGUGGCGCGAGUGCUUGCUCGAGGCUGUGCGCACCUGUGGCGGAUGCCUGAUGGUGGUCGGCUGCGCCUGCGCAGUUCACUUCGGCAGCGGGCUGCUUCCCCGCUACGUGGAUCCCGUGCUGGCGGUCGUCGCCGUGGCCAUCCUCAUCUGCACCUCUUACCCGAGGAUGAAAGAAUCCGGGCUCAUUCUCUUGCAAAACAUCCCGAACAACAUGGACAUCGACACGAUGCAGAAGAAACUCCUGGAAAAGUUUCCGGCCAUCCUGAACGUGCACGAGUUUCACCUGUGGCAGCUGACCAACACUCGAGCCAUCGCAACGGUGCACAUUGUGGUCGGAUCCCACGCAGUGUACAUCGCCAUCGCGGACAAAGUCAGCCGCUUCUUUUAUGAGCAGGGCAUCAGUUCCAUGACUGUGCAGCCGGAAUUCUGUCAGGCUACACACACCAAUUCCCAGUGCAUCCUGCGAUGCUCCCAAGCGAAGAACUGCGGUCCCCUGACGUGCUGCGGAAAGCACACAGACGACGACCACGAGCUACGUCACCGCAAGGUCGCCAACCGAGACACCGGCGUCACGCAGAGUCUUCUCAGCGUGCCGAUCUCGAACACAGCGCGAGCAUCGUCUGUGAUAAACAUAGACUCGGAAGUUCUCUCCGAGUUGGGCGUACUCAAAGAGACGGACUUAUAGCAGGAACUAUACGGGCGUCUUGUUAGGUAUACGUCCUCUGAACCUCUGUGGUGCACAUGUGGACAGUAUAUAUGUGCCGAUUGAACUUUUCCGCGUGUGCUCUAUCUGCACAGAUGCUGAUGCCGCAACGUCUUUGGUCACGCCAUCCGGAAGUCUGUGAUGCAUACAUGUGGAACGCGCUGCUAAUGUGCCAAGUGAAUUUUUCUGCAUAUGUGCUCAAUCAGCGCAGAUGCAUGCUGUGUUUUACAACGAUCACUCCGUGUGCAUGCAGUGCAUGGUGCCAUCAAUACACUUCUUCAAUGAUCAUGUUUGUGCGCAGACGCGCGGAUCUCUAGCCAUUUAAAAAUAUCUAAUGUCACAUA